AUGGAGCACCAAGACAAGACAAAAACAAACUACAAAAAAAGAACACAAUCGCUUCCUACCGACCUAAUCACAGAGAUACUAUUAAGGCUGCCUGAGAAAUCUGUUGCUAGGUUCAGUUGCGUGUCGAAGCUUUGGUCAUCAAUCACCACCGAUCCAUCUUUCAUCAGGUUGUUUGAAACUCGUUCCCCACGGCAGCGCCUUCUACUUUGUUUCCAUAAAGAUGGCAAGUUGUUUGUUUCCUCGAUGCCACAGCAUGCUCUGGACUCGAACCGAUCGUACUCUUCUUCGCUGUAUUUUGAUCAUCACCAUAUGACGAAUACACCGAAUAUUAGGAACUUCCCAUCUACCGAAUCUGUCCAUGGCUUGAUCUGCUUUCCAUCAAAAAAGCCAAUAAUCUGGAACCCUAGCACAAAACAGUUAAUAACUUUACCAGCUAUACCAAAACCCUAUAAGGCCUGCAUGUACAGAACAAUACUGCUUUUAGGAUAUGAUCCCACUGAAGGUAAACAUAAAGUAGUGUGCAUUUCAUAUAGAAAGACUCGCUAUGUGUGCCGAGUUUUUACAUUAGGAUCUGUUCAAAAAUCAUGGAGAAGAGUCCAGAUUAACCAUAUGCAUCGUUUUAGCUGGGAUACAUCUGGGCGAUGCAUUGACGGUGUGAUAUAUUAUCUAGCUUUUUCAUGUCAGGACCUUGAUAAUGUUGUAAUGAGCUUUGACGUUAGAUCUGAAAAGUUCAAUAUGAUAAAACUACCAUCGGGAUUUGAUGGAGAUUUCCUGAUGACUUAUAAGGGAAAGUUGGCUUGUUUAAAUCAAAAUGACCUCAGUAGAUUCUGGAUUUUGGAGGAUGCACAGAAACACAAGUGGUCAAGUCAAGACUAUCUCUCAAGUUUUGGUAACUGUAAUCAGAGUAUGACUAUCAGUUUCAAGCUAACAUGUGUCUCUCGUGCUGGUGCGUUUAUUUAUGUACCAAACAGGUUUAGCCAUUUGCGUUAUAUUUUACUACAUGAUCCGGUAAGAAACAGUUGGAGAAGAUUUGAAUUUAAGGGAAUGGCAGAUGAUAGAUAUGUCAGUAAUGGCGACAGACCUAUGUAUGCGCUACAUGCUUUCCCAAAUCACAUUGAUAGUCAUAUGUCUUUCUAA